UACGAGGGCGAGUACAACGCGGCGGGAGAGCCCGAGGGGCGCGGCGUCCUGCGGUUCGCCAACGGCAACGUCUACGAGGGCGAGUGGAAGGCGGGUCUGCCGGAGGGGCGCGGCGUCAUGCGGUUCGCCAACGGCGACGUCUACGAGGGCGAGUACAAGGCGGGUAAGAAGGAGGGGCGCGGCGUCUUCCGGUGCGCCGACGGCGACGUGGAGUCGAACUUCUACAAGCAUGAUGCCCCCACCGGCGAGGGC